CACCUGAUUGCAGCUAGGGUGUUCACAACAGGAAGGUGGUCGUACUUGUUCACUUUGUAGUAAUUUUUUGACGAUGGUUACGCCAUAGCUACGGUAGAAAAAAGAUGGCUUCGUCAAAGCAACUCACAGACAACUUCCUGACGUGUUCCAUCUGCACGGAAGUGUUCACAGACCCCUGUACACUGCAGUGUGACCACUCCUUCUGUAGGGCAUGUAUCACCCAGUACUUACAGUCAAGACAGGAUGUGACACAGUCCAGGACAAUCCCCUGCCCCUACUGCCGGCAGACAGCCAGGGUUCCCGAUCCCACCAGACCAGUCGGGGAGUGGGCGGGGCAGAUCAAGCCUAGUCACAUCAUCCUGGGACUGAUGGAGAGUCUCGAUGCAGAUGCCAAAGACAUUGCCAAGUGCUCUCUCUGUGAACAGAAAGGGGAAACGACUCCUGCCAAACACUGGUGCUGCGAGUGCGAGAUAUCUAUGUGUGAUGCCUGCAACCAAGUGCACGGUAUGAUACCUGUGUCAUGUGAUCACGACGUCCUUGACAUUAAAGAAGACGUUAAGUUGAAGAAGAAGAGGAAGGUCAAGUGCACAGAGCACAGGAAAAAUGAUUUGGAAUUUUACUGCAAUGAUUGCGAGAAAGCAGUCUGUCACUCCUGCUGUAUUCUGUACCACAGAAAGUGUGACGCAGUUGUUACCGUAGAAUCAAAAUGUCCAGAAAUGAAAAUAAUACUGAAAGAUAAAUCUAAAAGAUUAACAGAAGAGAUAUGUGAUAUGAACUCUAAAAUAUCUGAAAACAAACUUCUGCUUGUCCACACCAAACAGGAUAAAUCUGAGUUGCAAUCUCAGAUAAAGACCUUCUGUCAAGCGGCCCGUGACCUGAUCACAAAGAAGGAGGUCGACCUGCUGAAGGUCCUGGACAGAAGGACUGAUGAGAGGACGGGGAAGCUCCAGAGCUGCAUCAAGACGGCGGAGAUGGCGGCACAGAGGUACCAGCAGCGGCUACAGUUCAUACAGAGAGCCCUGGAGUCUGAGAGUGUCAUGGACACGUAUGAGGUGUACCAGGCCUGUCAGUCAGGGAAGAUCGAGACGGACGUCCAGACCGAGGACGCAGAUGUUGGAUUGUCCCAGGAGGAGUGGCGUCCCUUUAUAAACAUGCAUGCAGAUUUGGAUAAACUCAGUACUGUUUUGGAUGAUACUUAUUUGGGUGUAGUGCAUGUCUUUGAUCCACAGUCGUCCCCUGCAUUAUAUGAGACUAUAGGAGACGCGGGAGGUACCGACAUUGUUGUACUGGAGGUAAAUGUAAUUACAACCUGUGUUGUCACUUAUCACAAUGUGAGUGAAAUCAAGUCGUUCUAUUCCAGAAGUAACACCAUGCACCACAGCAGCUUAUCAACCGACAACUAUGCAUGGGGACUUACUAAAGUGAGGGAAAAUCAAGUUGCUGUCACUGUUCCCAACGCAAGACAAAUUAUUACUGUCAAAGUAACGCCUGAUUUACAAAUAGUUUCAAACAUUCAAACACCAAAAAUGUAUUAUGGUCUUACGUAUUUGACCAACAACUCCACAUUUGCAGCUGGCUGUUCGGAUUCUACUUGUGUUGAUAUUCUGGACAUGUCCGGGCACCUACUGAAAACACUAACAAACACUGCUGUGAAAUGUCCGAAUUUUAUCCUCACAUCAGAGACUGGAGGCUUGUUUAUCUCUGAUUGGGGCAAGAAGGCCGUGAUUGGCUUGACAGCCAAUGGAGACGUGGCCUGUACGAGCAACCUUGGACUGAAUACCUUCAAGGUGAACAGAGGUAUAGCGAGAACCAGCACAGGCCACAUACUGGUCGCGGAUAAAGUAGCCGACAAAGUUGUCUUAUUUACAGAAAACGGGGAGUAUGUGAGAGACGUGUUGACGGCAAAAGAGGGCAUGGAUGAGCCCUUUGGACUCUGUCUUCACCGUGGACUUCUGUAUGUUGCACAGUGGAAAAGUGGAGUAAGAGUAUAUAACUUUAAGAAGUGAAACACUGUUUUUGUGGACAAAUCGUUUCUUCUGAAGUCGAUCUGACAAAUUGCGGAUUACAACAUACCUAUCACAAAUAAAUAUCCCUUGUUUUAUGAGGAGUCUACUUAUGGUCCCGGACUCAUGGGGUGUGUGCAUCUUAUUAGUCUUCUUUGGUCACUUAUUGCUUGGAUUUUGUCCUAAACCAUGACUGCCUAUGUUUGUAUUCUUGGUUAACUCUUUAACAUGUGCGACCAAGCAGAAUCAUGUUGCUCAUAUCUGUCUCAAGUGCGAGUACUUAGACUUACAAUUGGGUAUAUUGCAUAACAUGCACGAUAUUGUAUCAAAUACCUUCUUCAAGCUUGCUGGUCAUCACAAACUGUCUAGAUAUUUCAUUUACUUGCUUACAAAACUGAAUGACGUCCUUAUUUAGUUAAGAAUAGUAAUAAACAGUGUUUGUGUAACAUGAA